CCCUUCGUCACAGGUCUGAAGUAUCCAACCCCUAGGAGUCAGACCCAGAGAGGAAGCAGAAGACUGCUAAAUGUCUGACAUUCCGUGGAAAUCAUGGAAAACCCGGCAAACAACACCAAGCACGCUGAUAGCACGGGAGACUGCGCCAUCUGCUUGGAGAGGAUUCAGAGGAAGAAAACGCUCAAGUGUCAGCACUCUUUCUGCUCGGAGUGCAUCGACUCAGUUUUCAGACUGAAGCCCGCAUGUCCGAUAUGCAACACAUUCCACGGAGUGUACACGGGGACCCAGCCGCAGGGCACGAUGACGGUGACCCACAGCUUUCUGAAGCUGCCGGGCUUCGAGAACUGCGGCUCAAUCGUCAUCCAGUACAGUUUCCCAGGGGGGAUACAAGGGGCUGAGCACCCAAAUCCUGGCGUGAGGUACAGCAGCACCUCUCGUAUUGCCUACCUGCCAGAUUGUGCAGAGGGACAGAAGGUCUUGAGGCUGCUAAGGAAAGCAUUCGACCGAAGACUUACUUUUACCGUUGGACGGUCGGCCACCACAGGUCUCAACAAUGUCAUUACCUGGAACGACAUUCACCACAAGACCAGCAUAAAUGGCGGUCCAGAGAGUUUUGGUUAUCCAGAUCCAGCGUACCUGUUCAGGGUUCAAGAGGAGCUUCGUCUUAAAGGUGUAACAGAGGAUGCCUGAUUGUUCAAAAACAUUUUUUAGACAGACUUAGUGCUGCUCUUAAUAAAGUUCCCAGCUGCAAAUCUGCACUUUUCAACAGUAAUGUUCACCACGAAUACUUGAAGAUGUGUUUUUUGGGGUUUUUUUUGUAUGUGACCUGGGCUAAACUGAGGGAGAAGUUUAGCUUUUCCAAAGACCUUUUCUGCUUUAUUCCUGUUAUGUAGCUGAUUUACUUUAAGCCAAUAAGCAAGACGAGUUUGGUAUUGAUUUCAUUAGUGUAUGCAGCACCGUUCACAUUUUUUAGCAGUCUUGGUAAAAAAGUGUGGAAAGUAGACAAACUAAGUUAAUCUUUUGUCACCUUAUUCUGAUCACACACUGAAAAACAUCCUGUUUACCUCAUUGAGUUCUAAGUGUUUCAAGCAUCACUCAGGAUGUAGUGGAAAAGAGGCUUUCCUGGAAUGGCAUGUAUCCAUUUUGAAGAGUGACUAGGAGAAAUGGACCUGUAUUUAUUUACCUAUUUAUUUAUAACUCCAGCAAACAGAAAAAUGUGGAUUAGAUUUUGAACAAUACAAAAAAGUAAAGUAGUCAUUCAAAAAACUAAAAAUACACUUAGGAGUUGAACAUCAUUUUUAGGUGAAGGUUGAAUUUUUUGUGGCAGACGGGUAGAUUAGUUUAUUUAAAGGACUUUUACACAUUUCUUUUCUUUUUUUUUCUCCAGGGAUGCCAAUAAAAUUAGAGAGUGCUUUGUUUGUAACAAUUUAUUUGCACUGGAUGGAAACAUAAUAUGAAUGAAAAGCGAUUGUUUUCUAGGGUCUAUGGCAGAGUCAGAUAAAUGAUCCUGUAUAUUAUUUUGUUGACAAUCAGUUCUGUUUAUUGAAAAGGCUUAAAAUAUUUUGCAAAAUAAUUUUUGUUCUUUUCUAGCUUCCUUCUUUAAAAAGUGCAAACGCAUGCAAACGCUUUUUGUGAAAAUAUAUUUGAACAUAACAUUUCCCAUAAAAUAUAUUUAACUAAAUUUACAUUUUAUUUUUAAAUAGGUGUACCAAAAAAACUAAAGAAUGACCGUGCCUGGCUAAAGACUAAUUAAAAGUAAAUUACAUUGUUUUUUUAAAAGUAGGUUUAUUAGCCUUUCUACAAAAACAGAAUUUUUGGUAAUUUUUAUUUUUGCAGUAAUACACCUUAAUUGAUUUCGUGCCUUAUGCAAUAUCAGAUAAGUUUGUGCCUUAAGAACGAUUGAAAUAUGUUUUUAUGCCCUGACAUCACCACGCUUGUACACUAGAUGGCGGUGUUCUCCUAGUAGAAGGACUGUUACAUUUCGUCGUCAUUCUGUUCCCAGCUUUCGCUCUCCCCUCAAAGUUUCCUACUUAAUGUGUUUGGGUCAGUUUUCACUGCAACAGUUAGAGAGGAGGUUGCUUUGUCUUUCACUAAGAUAUGAUGUUAUAUUUUGGAGGAAUGUGUACUGCUGUGUGGUGAUGGCUAAAUGCUGAAAGGGAAGUUGCUGUUCUUUGUUAAUUGUGUGAAGACCGACUAAAUCAAUGCUGGACCAAAUACUGUAUAUCCUAUUUAAAACUCGCUCUGAAUGUUUUGGUCUAGCAUUACAGUGCAUGGCAUACUAAGCUGAUUUUUCACUUUGCAGACACAAGCAUCAGUGUAUUUUUUUACCACGAUUAUAUGGUAUAUAUACAUUUUUUUCCCACAAAAACAAAUUUGGAAAGUAUAGUAUAACAUUCAACUUCUCCCUUACAUGUCUGGUGUUUCUUGAUCUUUAUGAUUCUUUUAGUUCUCUAACAAACCUCUGAGACCUUCAAAUCAGCUGGAUUGAUUAAGAGGUUAAUUUACACAACACAACUAUUGUGUAAACUAUACUAUUUACAUUAGUAAAUUUACACAUUUACUAUUGUGUAAAUGCUUUCUGAAGUGACUUCAGAUUUUGCUCGCUUUUAUUUAGGGAUAUCAGAAUGAAUCCAGCAGAAUAAAAAUGCACACCGCAGUUUGAAGAUUUUAUUCGGCAUUUUUCAACCCAUCAUACAUGAUCCUCUCCUCCCUCACUCUAGUUUGUGUCUGUAAUGUGACAAAUUGUAAAAAAAAAAAGGUUCAAAUUUGGUUUUUGUCCAAAAAAAAAGAAUAGUCUAGAAGCACGUUUAACGUUUAUUUAGUUUGAAAGCGUGCACGUGAUGUAACAGAGUCAGAUAGUGGCCUGUUUUCCACUCUGACGUCAGUGUCUGGGGGCAUUUCUGUGGCCUGUAGGAUCUCAGGGCAUCUGCUAACCUCUAAUCAGAGUAGGACCCAUCUGCCACCCCACCCUAUGUUGCCCCUCUUUCUGCAGUAGUUCAUCAGUAAAAUUCAUCCACAUGUCAUCAUCCGUCCAUUCACCAAAUAAUAAUAAAAAAAGGUUUAUUUGAAUUGUUUUGUGUUUUAAAAAGUUCUUCAACAUUUUGGUUCUCUGACGUAGAAAGAUUGCCUCAUAAUGCAACUUACAUUUCAAUAAUAAUCCUAGAAACCCUAAACGCACUGAGUAGUGAGGCAGGAUUGUGUGUCAUAUAAAGCAGAAUCUAGUGAAAGUAGCACAAAGUAGAAGCAUGUCUGAAAUUACUUUCACUUCAUUGAAUCUAACCUACAUUUACACAUGAAAUACUUCAUGUGAAUUUGUCUGGUUUGUUACUAUAUGAGGACGUCUCUCUGGAGUAAAAGCACAAAUGCAUUUUGUUGCUAAAAAUUCAAAUUGAGAAAGGUUGAUUUUUUUGUGUGUGUGCUUUUUAUUUUAUUAGAUACAUUUUUUUGUUUUAAAUUUUGUCUCAGAUUUUCCUCCAUAUAUUCUUCUGCACGUAGGCUCAAAAGUUCAGUUCUGGUGUCAUCUGUGCAGAGCAACAUCUUCCAUAAGUAUUCUGUAUUCCCUAUGUUUGGAAAAAAACUGCAGAAGGGAUUUUUUCAGACUUUUUUCAACCGUUUUGCUGCCUUAAGGACCAGAUCUGUUUAGAGCACGAAUAAUAGUUGGAAACAGAUUUUCCCUCCUGAGCUGUGGAUCUCUGCAGGUCCUCCAGAGUUACCAUGAGACUCUUGGCUGCCUCUUUGAUUAAUCAUAGUCUUUCAUUACCAGAUAAUGGAUUGAACAAGGCUCUUUCAGAUGUUUAAAGCAUUGGAUUGUAUUAUAAAAUUGUACCUUGCUUUAAAGGUCUUCACAACAGCUUAUGUUGCAUAUUAAUGACAUAUAUUUUGUGUUUAUUGAAUAUCGUAUUUUGUUUUUCUGCUUUAAAGCGUUUGCGAGUUAGUCUCUCUGUAAUCAGAAUGUUUUAAUCUCUGUGACUUAUACUUGAAUAAAUAAAGACCAUAAUGACGAUAAACCCUA